CAUCCCACCCUCUCUCCCCUCCCUCCUCCUUCCUCGCCCAUCGCACAGGACAAACUCUACGGACUCUCAAAGGUAUGAUAUGAUAAUCACGCUCUCCUUCCCCCUCUUCAAUCCCCGUCAUCCACCAUAACAGUGCUCGUACUCACGCUUCGUGACACUUCCCCCCCCCUCUUCGCCAUCACACCACUCAUCGCCCAUUCCCCCAGCUCCUAUUUCCCGUGCCUCGUAAACCAGUCACGGCACGAUACCUGUCCUGUCGACUCGCUACUGUCAUCGUUCCCCCAUUCCCUCUCCUUCCCUCCUCCCUGCUUCCUUCCCCUCCAUCUCAUCCCUCCCCACCCCGCCCUUCCGCCCUUCUCCAUUCUUCUCUGUGGCUGCACUUUAGGGUACGGUACUCGCACAAUCAGUGGAUCUUUUUUAUUUCUCUUCCUCCUUUUUUCUAUUCUAGAUAACCAAGCUAUCAUACUUUGCUUCUCUUCCUUCCACGAAAGAUUCACAGCACGUUUCUGGUUUCCCCGAGAAGCGCCUCGGCUGACCCAACCAAUAAAUAGCUGCUAGCUAGCUUUAUCUACCCGUAUCUCGUGUGUCUAUCUGACCGCCGCUCAACCUCUGACUGUUAGGUCUGCCGGUGGUACAAGUAAGUAACCUUCCUCUCCUCUCCCUCUCUCCUCCCCGCCCCUGCCCCUCUUCCUCUCUUCCACCUCCAACCCUCCUUCAUCAUUGCUACCUCGCCUCGUAACCACCAACCACUCACUCGUCACUGCGGCUUUACUUAUCUUAUCACAAUCACACACGCACUCCCAGCUCACCCCUGCUCCACAGCAUAAAUAGACUCUCUCAUCGACUCUCCUUCCAACCACCGUCUUUAACCAUCCCUUUAGAACCUUCAGACCCUCUUUCAACAGAGUUUUCGUAGUUCGACAAGUCUUUCAAAAUGCGCAGGUAUGCUUGUUCCCUGGAGCCUUUGUUCUCAGCCUCGUGGCGAAGUUGACCCCGCUCUUUCACAGCAAGUUUAAGGAUGAACACACCUUUGAGAAGCGCAAGGCGGAAGCCGAACGUAUUCGUCAGAAAUAUGCUGACCGUAUUCCGGUAUGCUCCUUUCACUCGUCAAGCACAGGUAAAACUGCUCGACUUGUUCGCCGUACUAACAUUUUAUGUUCUUGUCACCAGGUCAUCUGCGAGAAGGUCGAGAAGUCGGACAUCGCAACGAUCGAUAAGAAGAAGUACCUGGUUCCUGCGGACUUGACUGUCGGCCAGUUCGUCUAUGUCAUCCGCAAACGCAUCAAGCUAUCCCCGGAGAAGGCUAUCUUCAUCUUUGUUGAUGAGGUGCUUCCUCCGACCGCCGCUCUAAUGAGCUCCAUCUACGAGGAACACAAGGACGAGGAUGGCUUUCUCUACAUAACGUAUGUCACCGCUGGAGAUACCCCGCAUCCGUCUUGCUGUGAGGCUAAUUAUUUUUCGACGCACAGCUACUCUGGUGAAAACACCUUCGGGUUUGAAGAGCUGUUGUAAACCGUCGAAGGGAGUUCAGGUGUGGGGGGAUGGCUUCUGAUUUCAUUUGGGAAAGGCCCACUGGGUGGAGAGAUUGGUUGAAGGUUUUUCCUUUUGGGGGAGAAGGUUUUCUGGCGUUGGUCCGAGUCGAUAAGCUCUUUCUCAUAAGAAAAUCACCUUGCCCAUUGGACUCCCAGAAGGGCCCUAUUUUUUUCUUGUUUCCUCUUGUUGAGUGCUUUAAAUGGCUUGAAAUUCACUUGGUAGUUAUUGCUUUUUCUUGGGUUUCCUUUCGAUCCGCACGGUCAUUCUUGUUUUUUUCUCCCGGUUACUGGUUAUCAUGGGAAGUUCCCACAAGGCCGCGUGUAUGAACACGAUAACUCGUAGAAGGGAUUAGAGACAAGGGGCUGCAUUUUUUUUUUCUUUCCCUGUUAUUUCUUGUGCUUUCCGUUUUCAUACUUUUCCAAACCGCUUCUCAACUGAACUCUCUCCCCCAACGAAAGUUUUCUGGAGAACAUAAUGGGUCUAGUUUUUCAAAACUAUCACGACCGAGUCCGAAUUUGC